UAGCUGAUCAGCCAUGCAUCCUCACGGGGUUUUUAAAUAUAAUAACAAAAGACGCGGCGCUUUUACCCGCGCCGCAAACAAAAAUACAAAUAAUAAUAAAUAGGGGCGGGACACUCCGCCACAAAGGGUUUGUCAACAAAUUCCAGGAUUCCUUUCCUAAAAUUAUCAAGGUGACAGUGGGCUUCCUGGGGAGACAAGAAUCGGACAGCAUCAGUUCCAGCACACUGCUGCGAGUGCAUUCUCUGUACUCACAGGAAAGAGCCGUGGUGGAGAGUAAAUCUGGGAAAGUCCUGUCUCUGCCCACCAAGCUGACCUCUAUGACCUUCUUCAUCAUCAGCCAGAGCGGUGCCAGAGAGGGGCCAUUCACCCUGCUAGAGAUCGAGGAAGCCUUCACCCUGCCUGUCAAGAUCCAGCCCACGACUGCCCUCACCAUCCAAGAGUCAAGCAGCUCCCGCAGUCCCGGGCAGAACCUCGACUCUCUCACCUUCACACAGUCCUACCAGGAGUCCUUCCUGCUGGGCCACUGCCUCAACAACAAAGGGACCCUGCUGGAGCAAGUGCCGCUGGUGCUUCCCAUGUACAUGAAAGAGGUGCGACUGGUCCUGGCCGAGGGAUUGGAGGGAGAGAACGAGGAGCAGUGGGAAGCAAUCUGCAGCGCUUACAAUGAGAGGAUCAGGGAGCUGGGACACAUGGAUCACUUCAUCUUCCAAGGUAUUACUCUGCUUGAGAAAAAGGAGUUGAUCACUCCUCAGAACCUGUAUGCAGAAAUUGAGCCCAUUUAUAUGGACUUGAAAAAGCAGGGGGAUACCUUUAGUCUCUACUGUUCGCUGGAUAAGCCAGUCUCUCCCCCCGAAGGCCCUGCCUGGCCACUUACCUUAAAGCCACAAAUCCCUGCCAAGCCCCAACCCCUCCCCAAACCCACCAGCCCCUUCCAGGAACCCAUCAGCCCCCUCCAGGAACCUGAGCUCAGCACCUACCGCAGCCUGGCAGAGGUGCCCCAGGAUCUGCACUCACUCAGCAUAAGGGAGGUGUGUGACUGCCUCCUGCUGUUGAAUCUGGGGAGCUACACACAGGCCUUUCUCCAGGAGCAGAUAGACGGGGACUUGCUGUAUGAGCUUGACCACAUACACAUGAGGGACACUCUGGGUAUGAGCAGCCUGCACAUCACCAAGCUGCUUCGCUUCAGACAAGGCUGGAGGCCCCGGGUGGAGCCGGACGCAAAGGUUUAAGUGACUCACAUUCGCAACUGAAACAUAUCUUUGAGUUUUUUUAGUUAGUGCGCAAAUGAAAUCACUUGCAUGUUCAUGUAGACACCCACACACACUGUACUGGUAAGUAUCUAGUGGCGCGUAUCAGAAGUGAUCUUUCACUGUGAUCUUUAUGGGCGUUGCAGAUACUGUUUUAUUUCCAUCUGCCUCCUCCAUCUGUAGAGUGGAGUUAUCUUUCUUGGACCAUGUUAUUUCACAGCAAAUCAUAUUAAAUACUACAUCAUUUUUAUCAUUAACAGGCACAAAACUAUGACCAUUAGAAAUGUUACGUACAUAAAUUGAGGACAUUUUGAUUUUCAGGCUUUUAGAUACAGUAUGUAGAUUUGUUCUCAUUAUAUCACGGUAGAUUUUUUUAAAUAACAGAGAUUUCAUUAAGAUGUUUUUUUUUUUUUUUUUAAACUUGGUUCUGGAUGUUCUAUACUGAGGUUUACUUCUGAUGUUUUUCAAAGGGCAUAUAUUAACAUAAACUUAAGCUGGGAUUGUGUGGUCACUAUGACAGCGUAGUAUGGGAAUUCAAUCCAGCUUCCUCAUUUAAUCUUUCUUUAACGUUUCUUCAAAUCUCAAAUCUCUCUGUGAAACCUAUGAUAAUGCUGUUAUGUUUUUUAUAAAGAUGAUUGUCGCACUCACAAACAGCUUCGAUGGCUUUAAUUGGCUUGAGGUGAGUAAAGCUCAUUCCUGUCAUGACCUGGGGCUGUCACCCCACUUAUGCUCAGCCUUCAAAAGAAUUUGCAGUGGGCCAAGCAGGCGUCCUUCUCCAGAUAAUCCUCUUUCUUCAGCCAGAGAGAUUGGAAUCCCUUUAGGGAGGUCAGGAUGGAGCCCCCAACCCAGGAUGAGAUCUUCCUGUGGGGGGCAGCGAGCACCUUGACCUUGUUGUUGCCUGGGUUGGAGGCGCGGAGCUCAGCCUGGAUGCGCUCGGGGAAGCCGGGCAGCUUGGAGGUGUCCCCGCACACUAGCACCCUUGAGAGCACCAAGGGCCGGUACAUGGGCCCCACCUUCUGCAGGCUGUCCGUCGCCAUGGCUUGGAUGUGUGAUAGAAGAAUAAUAGAAUAAUCACACGAAGAGUCCUAAUCUAAUGUGUUUGGGUGAUCUCUGUGAUUUGUAUAACCUGAAUUAUGAUAUUAUAUGAAGUUUGAUGUUAACAUAGUAUUAGAUUUACAAUGUUGAACUAACACACUGGAAUAUGGCCAAGGGUCAGCAGCCCUGUUUUCAGAGAAGUGCAUGAGUCAGCGACAUGAGAAUAGGACACUGUCUCAAAUGAUAAUAUUUUGAGACAGCGAUAAUUCCUCUUUUCUCCCCAGUCACUUAGUUAAUAUUCUUGUAUUAGGGGAAUCAACUUUGUGGGCCAUGAUAGACACUCUCUCCCUAGCAACUAGAAAAAUCAACCAAUCAGAAAAGUCGGUAGACAACAGUAUCAAGAAUACCACAAGGUUGGUUUGAGCUGACUAAGGAAGAUAAGAAUUACCACAAGUCAUGAACUCUGUGCAAAAACUGAUUCUAUAAGGAACUGUUUGACUUAAUGUAUUUUGAGCCUUCUUAGCGAUUGCUUGCAGAGUCUGUGUUACUCUGUUGAAUGCUCCAGUUUGCAAACUAAUAAAGUGUGAAUUUGCUCCAA